AUGCGGCUCAGUAGGGGGGUAGUACAGGCGGUCAAGGGGGGUCUCAUCUUCUGUAGCUUAGCACACGCACCACUGGUUCCCCAGCGAAACAUCUCGAGGGUUAGGGUCGCUAUAGAUCUGCUCGCGAGGCAGAAUCUGCGCCUGGUCUCAUGCCGCAGCUUACAGUCGCUAUGGGCAGGCUACGGCCACAUCUGCCACAUUCUUGCCGCCCCCAUGGCCGACGGCGCCGUUAGCUCACAUGUCUCGCUGAUCCUGAAGUACAUCACGCCGCCCCAUGUCAACCGCGGAUCCAAGCCGGACGAGGGCCACACUCGCAAGCUGCUGUCCUACCAGAUAGAGCUCUCUUUCUACACCCACCUCGCGCCGGAUCUGCCUCCAGAUAUCGCGGUGGCGGCGUGUCGAGCGAGCCUCAGCUCGGGCCGAAAUGCCGACCUCAAGACUGCCAUGCUCCUCACGGACCUCCGCCCUGCGUUCCCCGUGGCGGGCGGGAAGCGCGCCGCUCUGGCCGAGGCACAGGUGUAUGGAGCCUUGCGGUGGCUGGCCGGGUUCCACGGUCACUGGUGGCCCCGCGUCGGUACCCUCGAUCGCGGCGGAUUAGUGAGGCCGCCGCUGGAGCACUUCGCGCGACAUGGCGGGGGCCAGUCGGCCAGGGUGUGGCUUAACGGCGGAUACACGUACCUGCAGACCAGGCGGGGCGAAUAUGCCGACCUGUGCGAGGACGGGGGCACUGAGUGGUCCGAGGCCCUGUGCCGGCCGGUAGGCGGGCGGGAGGAGUCGCUCGCGGAGCUCGUGGCACGGGUGCUGGCACCUUGCGCCGAGGAUGGCGUGUCGCCUUACGAGACGCUGAUCCACGGAGACGUCAAGUCAGAGAACCUUUUCACCAGCGAGGAGGGCGACAAGGUGGCCUUCUUCGACUUCCAGUACGUCGGCCUGGGGCUCGGCGUCUGCGACCUCGCCAAGCUGUUCACUUGUUCUGUACCGCGGUCGAUGCUCGGCCUGAGCAGAGCGCAGCAGCAGCCCAUGGACGGGCGCGAGGAAAAGCUGCUGCGCUUCUACCUGGAGAGGCUGCGGCAGGUCUCGGGAAAGGAGUACGAGUGGGAUGCACUUGUGCGGCACUGGGAGGCGGCCCUCGUGGAUUGGCUGAGGUUCCAGGCUAGCUGGGGGUUCUGGGGGAAUACAGAGUGGCUAGAGGGUAGGGUUCGAUCUAUAAUAGAUGAUAGAGACUGGUUAGAAUGGUUGCUUUCUCAGACAAAAUAG